ACGGAGUUUCAUACCCUGCUAUUACGAUGCUUAUCGAUUUUUUCCUCUUGAAAACCUUGAAUUAUAAACCCAUGGCAACCAUUUACAUAUUAUAGAAAUUUCACGUUUCUACGGUUAGUAAUCACUAGCUUAUGAAAUUAUGAGUGUUGGAAUCAGUGAGUGAGUGGUUUUUGGCAUUUAUAUACAGUUACAACACGGUGAACAAAUACAAUGGAUACAUGAAAUGAAAUAGCAUCAAUCUGAUAGUCAAACGUCCUGUUGGCAAACCUGGCAAUUUCUUCGGCAAAAACAGCGCUUUUCAUGGCUACCCAAAAGACACCUGCUUGUACAUCGCCAUUAUAUUCAUUACAAGAAAAGAAAAAACAAAAUUUCCUUUUAUAAAAUAAUACCAAAUGGUUUUAAAACACCCAAUACUCGAUUCCAUUUAAUGCACCAGAAACCAAUAUCUAAAUUUAUUAUUUUGGAUGAAAGGCCCUGGAAAUAGAUACAAACAAAGAACGAACAAUUAUGGAUAUUACUAUAUUAGUGGAAUAGGAAAAAGAAAAAAGGCUAGAGCUUAGGGCUAGCUAUAAAUUAAGAAACAAUGGGUUUGCAAUCAAAAGAAAGAUUUUUAUGUUUAUUAUGACAUAAAAUGAUAAUAUAUAAUAAUAUAUCAUUUUUAACUAAUUUAUUACAAUAUUUUAAUAACAAAAAUAAUAAUUUUGUAUAAAUUGUAUAAUAUUUUUUUCUUUUUAUAUUUUAGGUACCAUUUAAGACCCAGACUAACCGAUUGCCGUAAUAAGAUUUGCUGCCGAAUUCUUUGUUUUUAUAUUGUUAUAGCAAUAAAUUAUAAUAACCUAUAGCUAUAAUAUAUUAUGUAUUUUCAUGUGAAUAUAAAAUACUUUUGAUCAAAAUGUAUAUGUUUUAAUUUUUUUGUCCAAAUAAAAUUAAAAUUAAAAAGCAUUAAAAAAAUAGAUAUUUAUUUUAAUGACCUAUUGUAGGAAGAAAGUAUGUUAUUUUUAAUUUUGCUGUUAUAAUGCAUGAUUGGAGUUCUUGCUUGCUACUAAUUAUAAAUCUCAACAAAUGCUUAAAGACAAUUGGAAUUCAAAUAAAAUUUUCUGUUUGAUAUUUUCCUAUUCAGUUAUUAUUUUGAUUUAUUUUUUAGGAAUCGCAUAUGAUAUAUCUUGUGGUUUUAAGAAACUACCUAUAUUUGGAGGAACGCCCGUGUUUGGAUCAAUAUUUAAACAAAACAAUAUAAAUGUUAAACUUAGUUCAGCAGCUCAACCACCAUUGACUGAACGUGUGUCUCUGUCCACUCAAUACACUUAUUCAAACUUUGGAAACACAGUUCAAAAUAAAAAUUCUGUCUUACCUACUCCAACCUAUAUUGGAUUUGGUCAAUAUCGAAUUCCCCCCCAAUUUAAACCUCAAACCGAACUAGAAAGGUUAAGUGCCAAUAGACCUCGUCGCUCUAAACGCCAUUGUCAAUGAUUUCCUCAAUUGUUAAAAAAAAAAACCAUUCCUGAGGGUACUGUUACUGGCCGGCUUUCUUCUUCAUAACUUCUUUGUCUUUUUUUUAAAAAAAAAUAGGAAGUUUGUUCUAAGAACAAAAUUAACUAGAACCAACAUCAAUCCUAACUCUUUUUUUAAAAAUUGUAUAUAUUAUGUACUCAACUGUGAAAAAUAAAAUAAUUUUAACCAAAA